GAAUGUGACGUGAGGAAGAGUUUUCGAAUCGCACACCGUAUGUUCAUUAUCGAACUGGUCUAAGCGGAGCCGUGGAACGGUCUGUGUGAAAUUUGUGAUUGCCGUUGAAUUGCAGCUCUGGAUUGACUAGAUCUAGUCUACUUGAGAUUACCAUGAAAGGUGCUUGCUAGAUAGAUUGUUACGUUGUAUUUAAACAUUAACUUUAAAUCUGCGGUCCCCUGAAAGCGUUUCGUUUGCAUGGAGGCGGCGCAGAGCUUAGCGUUUUGGCACCCUAUAACUCUGUUAACUGGGCAAUGGUAACAUAUGAACCGCACUGGAAGGAACAUGGUUGAGAGGACCAGCAAAUUUUUGUUGAUCGUUGUCGGAUCCGUCUGUUUCAUGCUGAUUUUGUACCAGUACGUGGCUCCCGGGGUGAUGAACUUUGGGUCUCCGCACGGGUACCUAGCAGAGGACGAUACGGAUAUCUUUCCAACGCCGGAUCCUCACUAUGUGAAAAAAUACUAUUUUCCUAUUCGGGACCUGGAGCGUACGGUGGAUUUCGAAAUUAAGGGAGAAGACGUGAUAGUUUUUCUUCAUAUCCAGAAAACUGGGGGGACCACUUUCGGAAGGCAUUUGGUCCAAAAUGUGAGACUAGAGGUCCCUUGCGAUUGCAGACCCGGACAGAAAAAGUGUACCUGUUACCGUCCUAACAGGAAAGAGACCUGGCUUUUUUCAAGGUUCUCCACCGGCUGGAGUUGUGGUUUGCACGCGGACUGGACCGAGCUCACCAACUGCGUGCCGGGGGUCCUCAAUAAGAAAGAGAACAAAUUGAAAAAUAUGAGGAAGUUCUACUACAUCACCCUGCUGCGAGACCCCGUCUCCCGCUACCUGAGCGAGUGGCGUCACGUGCAGCGCGGGGCCACCUGGAAGACGUCCCUGCACAUGUGCGACGGGCGCACGCCCACGCCCGACGAGCUCCCAGCCUGCUACGAGGGCACCGACUGGUCGGGCUGCACCCUGCCGCAGUUCAUGGACUGCCCCUACAACCUGGCCAACAACCGGCAGGUGCGCAUGCUGGCCGACCUCAGCCUGGUGGGCUGCUACAACAUGUCCUUCGUCACCGAGAAGAAGCGCGCCCAGCUCCUGCUGGAGUCGGCCAAGAAGAACCUGCGCGACAUGGCCUUCUUCGGCCUGACGGAGUUCCAGCGCAAGACGCAGUACCUCUUCGAGAGGACCUUCCACCUGCGCUUCAUCCGGCCGUUCAUGCAGUACAACAGCACGCGGGCGGCCGGCGUGGACGUGGACAACGACACCAUCCUGCGCAUCGAGGAGCUCAACGAGCUGGACAUGCAGCUCUACGACUACGCCAAGGACCUCUUCCAGCAGCGCUACCAGUACAAGCGGCAGCUGGACCGGAGGGAGCAGAGGCUCCGCAACCAGGCCCAGUUCCCCCUCUUCCGAACCCGCCCGGAACUGACCCGGGAGGAGGGGGGGGUGGAGGCGGCUCGCCUGCCCACAGAGGACUACAUGAACCACAUCAUCAACAGGUGGUAGCCGGCAGGGAGACGGACGUAAGGACGGACCGCGAGGGGGGGGGGGGACCGGGGUCGCGUCUCUCCUGGGAGGGAUUGUGACGUCGGGGCCCUCUGGAUGUCUUGACGUUCGCCGAGUCAGGCGCCGCGUGUUCGGGGGGGGCCCCGCCCCCCGGCACCCACAAUCCCUUGCAGAGCCCUCCCGAGCAGUGUGCUCCGAGCCCCCCGCCCCUCCGGAAGAUAGAGGGGUGGCGAGACCACAGAGCUCCAGAAACAGGACAGAGCUAUUGCCAGUGUUAAGAUCCCCACGGAAGUCAGAAGUAAUGGAACAGAUUGUUAAGAAAAGUGGAGGUAUUUGCUUAGAGAUGGGCAAAAUUCCAACCAUUAAGCAGCGAGUUGGCAGCCCUCGUGUUAGCGGGGACAGUAACUGUGAGAAAGCGUUGCAAUCAGCAGUAAGACCAAGAGAGCUGCCUCAUAGCUUCUCGUCAUCGCCGAAAAGAAGAUAUUGUUUUUGAAUAUCUCUUUUCUGUGGUUUAUGUGAUUUUUAAACCAGUUUUCUGUGGUGUUAUGUACGGAAAGAUGAAUUAUGUAUUCCACGAGCCGCACCCAUUUCAGUGUCUUCAGCAUAUCUGGCGAAAAAACCCACAAAAAGCGUACUAACAUUAUCUCAGUGGCAGGGCUGUAUUAUCAAACACAGGUAACCCAACUCACCUCUGUUUGUGUUUUUCCCCGAGCUUGUUUUAAUAGUAAUGUUGCCAGCCCGCAGCAAGGUGGUUCUGAAAUUUCAAGUGAUGAGUCGUGGGCACACAGUGCAGAUUCUGUCGAAUGCCAUAACUUGAAGUCACAUGACCUCCGGUGGUGAAACUACCAUAAAGUGCAGCCACGGGCGAAAUGCUUUUAUUGUUUGACUUUGCUUUGCUUUUAGGCUGCGCCAACAGUUGUAUUUCUAGAACAGCAGUUCCCUUAUGACUUGCUUCAGUCUCUGGAGAAUGAAUGGCAAUCAUCAAUCAUUUUAUCUCUUAGGGACCACUAUCCAUUAAUUUGGAAGGGGGUGUUUGGGUGGGUGGUGGGAGGGGAUCCGCCCUGGAUAAUUUCUAUCCUAGAGUAAUUUAUUAUUUAUGACUAUUCCUCCAUCUCACCUUCAUUGAUGAAAUACGUUACCCUGAGAUGACUCUGGGUAUGCGCUUGUGUGUGCGUGUGUUUGUAUGUGUGUAUCUGUGUAAUGCAUCUCAUUGUCAUGUUCAGGAGCCACAAUAUUACCAGUAGUGAAAGUGUGGCAUGAAGCAAAGUAUGUAAAAUGGAGGCCCCUUUGACAUGCAGCAUGCCUCAGCUUUGUCAUGGCAGUCCUGGAGCGGACUCGUCCCUUUCCAUGACUACAGUAGAUGUACCAGGCCUACAGGCAACCACUGGCUGAAGCAAACUCUUUGAAUAAAUUAUCACAGGGAAACACACUAAAGUUACGCUACAGUUUGAGAAAAUUAUUUAAAAACGCUUGAAAAUGGCAGGGCAUUUUGCCUGGGAACUGAAGAAAAUCCAUUGGCAUUUUAAAGCGUUUUAUAAGAAAUACAUUUUUCAAUUCCAUCGCGCUCCGAGAGUGGCUGAAAUUUUUUGAUUCAGUUUUUGCCUUUAUUUUCCAUGCACCUUGGUUGAGUUGCAGAGUUGCACCAGAACAUCAUUUAAUCCUGAGAAAAAUUAUUUUUAAAACGUAAUACAAAAAAAAAAGACUGAAGCUCUUGUAAAUUUGCUACAUGUUUUAUUCAAGGUCAUUUUCUUUGCUCCUGAAUUCAUUUGUAUUAAGAUGGCACCUGUUUUAACUGUGUUAAUUGAAGAAAAAAAAAACUCAUUAUGACAUGAUGUAAUUAGCAAGUCUUUUUCAUAACCACAAAAUUUCAAAUAACAUAAGGAAAAUGCAGUCAGCUGGUAAAUUACUUUUUUAAUUAUUUUAGACGGACGAUCAUAAGCGGUCUCUGUUGGUGAAAUGAGUGCAAUUUAGAUCCAGCAUUUUCACUGCUGGUUUUUAUUUGUUCAAGCCGAAGGUCCAGUUAUUUCCAGAACCCAAGAACAGGCCACCAGCCUGCCCUAAUCCCCAGUAUUCUGUUCUGCCUGUCCAGCUUCAUCAGCAACCGACCACACAGUCCUCCCGUGGCCUUAUGGGAAAUGUAGGCACCGUCACAAUGCCUGUCAUUUGACCACCUUUCAGAAAAGGGAACAUGGUCUUAUUGCUUUCUCUGAAGGUGGUGCUAAGCAGUGCACCCCCACUGUCAUUUUAUGGAGUGUGGUCCCAUUUGAAUCCUUCGGCUCAGGGUGAGACGGGGCGUGUGCUUUAGUGCUGGUCAUGAAGCUGGCAGAAACGGAAAUGAGGUCGCCCUGGAUGAAAGGUGGGAAGUGUCCAUUGCAUUAGUUUCCUGUGUGUCCAGCUCUAAACUGCAUAUUGCGUAAUUUUGUUAUUUAUGCAGAUUGGAUCAUCAAGCCACCAAUAAAGAGAUUUCAUUUUUAUAUAAAA